UCUACCUAUAUGGCAGAUGAACGCGCGUAUAGGCUACCAGUUGCCUGUGACGAAAAACUGCACUUGCUGGAAAGUGGAAGUGAGGAGGAAUCCGUGGAAAUAAUGACAGGAAAAACGCAUCUAAGCUAAGAAAUAACCGCCAGUUGAUAUAACAUUCCAAACUCGAAGACAUCGUUCUCCGGCGAAUUCGUUGUUCUCCAGUGUUUCGAUAUUUUUUCACUUGAAUAAUCCGAGCGCAAAUACGGUUUAUCGUUGAUUUUUUUUUCGUUGCUCUGUGUCAAUCGUAUUGUUUUUUUUUUUUAAAUUAAUUCAAUUAUAAGUAAUACUUAAUGCCUACCUACGAAUAAUGUUUCGCGAAUUUCAAUAAACACGGUACAGUUUUGUGUCGGUUGAAGUGAUAAAUUAUCUGUUUUGUAAUUAUGAUGAAGAUAUCACAUGAAAUAAUCGGCGCUUUUUUCAUCAUUCAGGUUACCAUCUUCUCACAUGCCACCGCGGCUGAAUUAGGAUCUUCGUGUUUCGAAGAUAGUGAUUGUCAUGUAGAAAACAGUCGAUGUUACCAAAAAUCAUGUUCCUGUUUACCAUUUUAUGCUGCCUAUAAUUCUACCGUUUGUUUACAAUCUAACAUGUUGGGUUUUGAGUGUCUAAUACCUGAACAAUGCUCUAAAAAAGUAGCAAAUAGCACGUGUAUCGGUGGCAUUUGCCGUUGUGAACCAGGCUUCCUGCAGUUCCGAAGGCACACUUGUCUAACAGCUGCCAAGAUCGGCGAAGUAUGUUAUAACGAUAUGCAUUGCAGAUUAUCGGAUAGCGGUUCGCAUUGUGAUUUCAUGAUUGCAAAUUUGUUCGGAAGAUGCGUUUGUAACGCUCCUUUGAAACUGUCACGAGCUGGAGGAACAUGUUUACCGAAUGCGCCACCGCCGUCGACGAGUACCGCUCAAUCGUUAGAUUUCCCGUAUCCUGUUAUCACGAAAACCGACGUUAAUCGUAACCCGGUGGAAUUCUUCAAUAAAUCUAUUCCGGCUACGAAUAAAACACCGCCUCAUCAAUCGUCGUCGUCUAGUAAUACGAACAACGUAAAGUUGCAAAAUGCUCAAAAAACUCCGCAAAAGCCCAAUAAACCUUCGUCCAACAACGAUUACAAACUGCUGAUGAACGGUACAGCCACCGAUCAGAAUAAGAUCAAGGGUAAUAAACCCGCUCCUCAAUCUAACACUAAACCGGAAAAUAAACCAAAACCGGAAACUAGACCGAAACCGGAGACCAAACCUCCGAAUAAAUUCGACGAUAAACCGCCAAAUAAAUUAACCAAUUCGUCGUCGAAACCUGCAGAUCAUAAACCUUUUAAGAAACCAUCGGAUCAAAAAUUUUCUCUAAAUCAUUUCCUCAACAAAACCUUACUCAGUGGCGACGAAAGUAUAUUUCAAAGUUUACUAAACGCUCAGAAAAUCAACAGACAUACGACUACAUCUAGACCCGAAGCUUUCACAACCAAAUUACUCGCAUCCACUUCGGCCAAACCUCAUAAACAGCAAAGUAUCGCUUCGAAUUUCUUCGUAAAUUUGCAACAUCAACAGACCAGUAAACCUACCAGACAAUCUAAUAAAACGGAAUCUCAACGACCUCAUCAGAAUACCAAUCAAAUGGAUAAAAUUCUCGUCGUUUCCAAUACUAAUAACGGUCAUCAUAAAAAACCGUCUAAAAAUAAAAUCUCCAGCGCUAAUAAAAACACUUUCAAGAAUCCUUUUCAAUCGAAUUUCGCCUUUUUAAACAACAUUACCAGCGAAGAUACCACCGGCAGCAGCAACAAGUUACCGAGCAAUACGAUGAAUAAACAUUCGGAAAAUCAAGUGAAAAAUACGAGUAUCUCAAAAGAAAACACUUCCAACGGGUCUACCGCCGUAUUAACAGGACCACUACACCACAGAGGCGCUGAAGAUGGUUCCAAUAUUGUGAUCAGUUUAGGAUAUACGUGUAAAAAUGACCAACAGUGUAUGAGAAAUGAUAAUAAUUCUCGUUGUAUAAACGGAAUUUGCGACUGUGUUGCUAGACGAACGAAACUGGAAAACGCUUGUUCAGCGAAAAACAGAGGAUGUCAUAAAGGCACUUUCCAGUGUAAAAGUACAGGUGUUUGUAUAAGUUGGUUUUUCGUCUGCGACGGACGCAAAGACUGCGCCGAUGGAUCGGAUGAAAAUUGUCGCGAUAAAAGUACGUGCCCGGAACACGCAUUUAGAUGCGGCACAUCAACGCCGGCCGUCUGCAUUUCACAAGCUAGUCGAUGUGAUGGAGCCAAUGAUUGCCCUAAUGGAGAAGACGAAUAUAACUGCACCGCUACAAAACAUCGAGGAUGUCCGCUGCAUACGUUUCAAUGCGAAGAUGGACGCUGUUUACCCGAAUACGAAUUUUGCAAUGCUGUUAUUUCUUGCCACGAUGGCUCGGAUGAGCCGGAUAAUUCGUGUACAGCCACCUGGAAUACGUCGGUGAGAAAUUUAGAUUAUUGCCCAUUCAGAUGCUCAAACGGAAGGUGUCGAUCGAGCGCUGUUGUAUGCUCCGGAAGAGACGGAUGUGGAGAUAAUUCCGAUGAGAAUCGUUGUUCUGUUUGUAAAUGUCCACCGCCAACUUGAGGCCUCAUAAGUAACUAAAAUAUUUAUUUAUAUGUAUUAUUGUAAAAAUUGUAUCAUACGUUGUUAUUUAUUUCUAUUCAAAUAGAAAUACGAUUUGUUUUAUGUAGGUAUUUAAUUAAUUAAUUUUAUUUAUAUACUCAUUUUGUAAAUACAACAUUCCUUUUGUUACUCUUUUUUGUCUUGUAAUAUACCUACUUAUUGAUAUUUAUGUCGUUUUCUAUUUUCGUGUUCUUGUACCUAAUAAUUAUUACUUUUUACGUACGAGCAGCUUUUAUAAAUUAUUUAUCAUUAGGUAUACCUAUUGAAGUUUAAUUUUAAGUUCAAUGUUUUCAUCCAAAAAUUGAUACCUAUUUUUAUGUUAAUUUUAAGCAAAUAAAUAAAUCGAUGUUUGUUUAGUGAUCGCUAAUAAGUAAAACGUG